GUUAGCGAGCGGUAGCCUAUGAGAGUUGCGCGCUUUUCACCAGGAUUGUCCUUGCCAUUGGCUGUCGCUAGUUAACGAUACCGAAAACUGUCGAUAGCAAGUUACUGAAUCCCGCUACGGAUAAAAUCUUUAACGGAACAUAUUUUUCCAAUCGACAAUCGACAUCGUUUUAGUCAAAAUUAGGUUAGAUGGGCGAAACGUAGUAAAUAUCUACACUCGAAUGAAUCAUAUACAUUGUCAAUUAACUGACAUUUAUAACAAAUAUAUUGUUGAAAAAUGAAUAAAGAAACAUUGAACGAAUACUUGGAAAUUUUGACUGGCCAUAUUUUUGAUGAUGAUAAGCUGGUCACUUAUAAAUGGCUAAGUAACGAGUUACACGUUCAUGUGAAUAUAGCGAAACAGAUCUUAUGGGAAUUGUACCAAAAAUAUAAAAACAAGGAUAUCGAAUGCACAUAUUUAUUAAUAGGCUUUCUAAAGGAUAAUGAAAUGCGUGUAGAGAUAGUAAAAGAAUCUACUUUGUCGAAGGCUAAAGAAAAGUUCGAUAAAAUCAUUUCGCAGCAUCUCUACAGUGUUCACAAACCUCUUGCGAAUUUGGAAUUACUCGCCACUUCUGGUCCUGGAAAUAUAAAUUACGGCGCAAUAAAAUGUGAUGCCUGUAAAGAGAGAAGUGACGAGGAAAUGCAGCUGUUACGUUGGGGUACAGCUGCGAAGAAAAUUACAUUGGAAAAUAGGACGAAUUCAAAGCCUGUAGAUUUUGUAAAUCCAUCAAAGGUAGGAAAGAAUUGCGAUACGGCGAAGAAAAGUGGAUUUAAUAAUUCGUUCGGUAUGACUGGAAAGCCAAAGAAUUCGGAAAAAUUAAAAUUCUUUCGACAACGGAAUAAACGCUCGACGAAGGAAGAUAAAAAUUUUUUAAAGGAAACAAAAUUGACAAAGAAGAAGGAAGAUUCGAUGAAAAAAGACGAAGCUUUAAGGAAGGAAGCUAAAGAAUUAACGGAAAAGGAAAAUCAUUUUGUGGAAAAUGAUAAAGAUUCUGUACAAAAUCAUAAAAAUUCUUCUAAGAAUAAAGGUUCUAUGGAGAAGAAUAAAGGCUCUGUCGAUUCUAUCGCUAAAAAAGUGUCUCCAAAGAGCUACUGCUCCUCUUCUGUAAAAUCAGGAAGCUUGGAUAAUUUUUUCGUAAAACUUGCAUCUCCUUCAAAGCCUACAGAAAUGAUAUUAACGGAAAAGAAAAACGAUAAUGCCGAACAGAAAGAAGUUAUGGAAAAAAGGAAAGCUAAAAAAAAGGAGAAUUUACGUGGAAAAAAGCGUAAUAGAAGCAAAGAAACGGAAGAAACUGCCAAGAAGAGAGAGAAAGUGAUGAAAAACCAAUCCACGUUGACAGAUUUUUUUAACAAGUGUUAGAUUUGUGUUUUAAUUUUGAAAGUUCAAUUAAUUCAUAAAUAUUUGUUUAUUCUAUAUUUUUAUAAAUUAUUUAUUAAGAUAUAGAUGAUUGAAUUAAACGAUAAAUAUUAUAUACAACAUUAGUAACGAUAAGUGAUAUUCGAUAUUAAUAUUUUUGUGUAACGCGAUAUUAAAAAAUUUUUU